AAUAUUUGCAUUCCAUUUUUCCGCAUGUCAGUUUGUUUUCAUGCUUCAGUUGGUAUAAGUACAUCUUUGCCUAUAUUUGUUCAUCCUUUUAGCGUUGGUUUUUCGGUAUAUCAUUCCUGGAUCGCUAAAAUCGGAAAUAAUGAAACUCAAAGAUUAUUCACUUCUGGCAUUUACCUUAGCAACCAUUAUUUUGGCACACGUCCAUGGCAACAGUGAUCACCAUGACCACCAUGAGCAUGACAACACCUUAUGUAAUAAUAAAUACAGCGAGGAGUGCAAUAAAGAUGGUGGAGUAGAUGAGAUGUUUCAAAGAGGGCAUCUAAAGCCUUUUGGUUCACAUYGCCCCCCAGAUGGCAUGGUUGAAGAGCUGCAAUACUCAAUAUCACCGCAGGAUUUUUUUAUGAAUUAUGUUAUUCACCAUAAACCAGUAGUUCUCAAAGGYGCCGUGAAGCACUGGCCAGCUUACACAAAAUGGACRGAUGAAUACCUAAACAAGACAUAUGGYCAUAUGCAGUUCUUAAUGGAGACCAAAGACGAUGACAAACUGAACAUUCCACCAGGAAUGAACUUGUCAUACUUCCUGGACACAUACAGGAAAGUCAACCGUUACCUGGUCGAUGAAGUCCACCCAGACAUGAGAAAAGACGUUACUCUGCCUCUUGAGCUGCGCUGUGAGGAGAUGAGUUCAUACUUUUUUGUAUCUUACUUCUGGAUGAGUAAUGGAGGUACUUCAUCUAAGAUACACAUUGAUACCGAUGAAAAUCUGCUGUGUGUAAUUCAUGGUCACAAAUCUGUCAUUCUUGUAUCACCGGAGUAUUCYCAUGACUUGUACUGUGAUGAAAGYYUUCAGCUUGGCGUGUCAGAYAUUAAUCCACAGUCUGUUGAUAUGAAGAAGUUCCCCCGCGUCAAGAAUGUACGAUAUACUGUAGCUAACGUGGAAGAAGGAGACAUUGUUUAUAUACCUCAAAUGUGGUGGCAUCAAGUUAUUUCCAGGAAAGAAAGACAACAAGCUGUAGCACUUUGGUGGAAAUCCAAACCACAUUGGCUGGAAGAAGGAAAGAAAGCAUUUCCACAGGCCGAAGUUCAAAGGAACAAGUACUCAUACGCUAAAGCCUUGGCUAACUAUGAACAAUGGGUGCAGAACGUCUCAAGCAAAGUUCCUAGGAUUAAAUGCAAGAGUCAAGAUUCUUUCAUGAGUGAUUAUAAAUGGGAGACGGAUAAAGUGGAAAAUGCUCCUGUUACAUAUGGCGAUGGAGGCGACGAGGAAGAGGAAAAGAUUUUGAAAGAUGGAUACAAAACAGAGGGGCACGGUSGCUACGAUCGACCRUCAUGCAACUUUGACCGAACAAACCCAAAAAGCCCCUGCAAAUAUGAUACAUGUAUUAAAGAAGAAGACGAUGUGCGCUGCAUAAGGUACAUACUAGACUACUGUGCUGCAUAUCAGGACAGAGGAUGCGUGAUUCAGCUACCUCAAAUAAUGAACAAGAAAUACCAACACGAAUACCAAACUAUACAGACUAUGAAAGGAGAAUUUGACUAGUCCAUAUAUGGUUGUUUGGCCCAUAUAAGGUUAAUUUAGCCAUAUAAGGUUAAUUCAGCCAUAUUUGAAUAAUUAAGAAUCRUAAAUCCAUAUAAAGAUAGUAAAUCCAUAUAAGGAUAAUAAAUCCAUAUAAGGAUGAUUGACCAUAUAAGGAUAAUUGACAAUGUAAGGAUAAUUGACCAUAUAAGGAUAAACAAACCGUGGAUUAAUGACAAUUAUUAAUCCAGUUAAUUAAUUUAUUCAUUAAAGUAUAUUUACUUAUGUUAUCAUUGUUUAUCUAUGUAAUAUUUACAGACAUUUUUGCAGUCGUGAACGUAGUAAACAAUA